GAGUAUGCGCAGAAGUUGCCGGCGUCGGUGCGAUCGCGCUACGAGGAGAAAGUGUUGAUGUGCGGCGGCAAAGAUCCACUCUCGCUGUCAGUUGACGAGACCGUGACCAAUACAAGCGCGUAUCCCAAAGUAGAAGAGUGCGACGUGAAGGACUAUCUUGUCGGCAAGACAAGCUUUAUUACGCGGGAGCAGUUCAAGGCACACAAGUCACUGGAAUCGCACAAUUAUUUGACGAGUGGGUGGGUUCAAGAGCCGCGACUGAAAGUCCUUCCAAACAACGAUGUUGUCGUGAUUGGCAAGGUGAACCACUCCCAAAGUACAAGGGAAACUUGCCUGCAGCCAUGGAUACUAGUGAAGCAGGACGGUGAAGUUGUUGCUGCCCAUUGCACCUGUAUGGCUGGUCUCGGAGAGGCCUGCUCUCACAUUGGUGCAAUCUUAUUCUACCUUCAAGUGGCGGUGAAGCACAGAGACUCACUAACUUGCACUGACAAAGAAAAUGAGUGGCUUCCAGCAUACUGCAACAAACUGACAUGCGUUCCAAUAGCGAAAGUUGACUUCUCAUCUGCAGUAGCUAAGAAAAGGCGAAUAAAUGAGGGAAAGCCAUCAACAACUUUAGCACUGCGCCGACAAAGACCGACUCCAUUGAGACCGACCGACGAACAGUGGAACAAGUUUUUGGACGACGCUCAAGCAUCAAAUUUAAGGCCAGCCUUCCUUUCGCUUGUUGAUGGCUAUGCAGAGUCCUACGUACCGACAGCUGCAAAGUACAAGUCCGCACUUCUGUGCACUUUGUUCAAGGACUGCGUAGCACCAUCAUGGGAAGAAGUCUCCGAGGAAUGCGACAAGUUGGCAAGCAACAUCAGAGUUGAACGAGAGGUAUGA